AUGUGGUUUGAUAACAUUGAGAUGGAUGACUUGUGGAGACACCUUUCAGAACUUGAUUGGCUGCGUGCUCGGCGAAUGACUUCAUAUGGAUUCCUUUUAUAUGGUCCUGGUUCUUAUGCCUGGUACCAGUGCCUUGACCACUUUCUCCCCAAACCAACAGUCCAGAAUCUAAUGUUAAAGGUUUUACUAAACCAGAUUGUGUUAGGUCCAUGUGUCAUUGCUGUUGUUUUUGCAUGGAAUAAUUUAUGGCUAAGGAAGCUCUCUCAGCUUCCAGAAAAAUACAGAAGAGAUGCUUUUCCAACGUUACUUUAUGGAUUUAGAUUCUGGAUCCCAGUCACUGUAUUAAAUUUCUGGGUGGUUCCUCUUCAAGCCCGAGUGGCUUUCAUGUCAAUGGGCUCAGUAUUUUGGAAUUUCUACUUGUCAUCAACAAUAACCAAGUAAAAUGCAUUGUGUACAAUUUUUACAUUGAGAUUAAUCAAAAGUCUAAUAGCUUUUGGUGAGGAAAGUUGUGGAGGAUAUGACUUGGAUGUUACCAUUUGUGUGCCGUGCAGGGGAUUUUGCUUGCUGAAUAGCUUUUGAUAUCAUAGGCUAUGAUACAUUUUUCCUUCAUUGCUGACAAUUGUAAUAUUUAUCAUUCAUAUGAAAAGUUAUAAUGUAGUUGUUAGCUUUCAAGAAUGUAUUGUUUUUUAUGGAUAAUUGUUGAAUACUUGAAUCUGAAUAUCGGAAGACCAAAAUAAUGUGCACUGUGCCAGUUUUUCAAGUGUCACCCUUGGAGUGGCAUUACAA